GGCAGUCCGGGGUUGAGGCCGGUGCGCCCCUGGCAACGAGGCCGCACUGCAGAAGGGGCGGGAUCGCGCGCCUCCCCUUUAAGGAGGUUGUGGGAUGAAGUCACCGCUGCGCUGCCACCUUCGGGGAUCGGUGUUGCUCAGUUAUCCGAUCGAGAGCAGACCGAGGAAGAGGAGGCGCGCGCCGCGGCACUUGUUUUCGGGGGCUCCGGAGAUCUCCCCUGCCUUCCCCAAGGCGGCGACAGCGUUUUCUGAGUCUUAUCGACGACCUUCUCGCCCGUGCCGAGGCGCAGUGGUCUCGGUAUUGUCCGGUUCCCGGCCGCGAUGCCUUCGGACCGGCCUUUCAAGCAGCGGCGGAGCUUUUGUCAUUAUUGAGAGAUACAAAGGGGAGAAGCAGCUACCUGUUUUGGAUAAGACCAAAUUUCUAGUUCCUGAUCAUGUCAAUAUGAGUGAAUUGGUAAAAAUAAUACGGCGCCGACUACAACUGAAUCCAACCCAGGCUUUCUUCCUAUUGGUAAACCAGCACAGCAUGGUGAGCGUUUCUACCCCAAUCUCUGAGAUCUAUGAGCAAGAGAAGGAUGAAGAUGGCUUCCUCUACAUGGUCUAUGCUUCACAGGAAACCUUUGGAUAUUGAAGGUCACCACCAGAGGACUAAUUCCAAACUGUCGCAGCAACAUCUCUGCCUCCUCACUGCAGCCCACCUUGGCACACCCUGUGCAGAGAGCAGCUUUUGGUCCAGGAGCAGCCUGGAAGCGACCGUGUUCCUCCAAUUUCGUAGCGCAUCAGACCAAGAUAAUUCAGUGUGUAGGUGUGUGAGAGACCCAUAAUUCUCUGUUUGCAUUGCCUCUUUGUCUUUUAUGAUUGCUAUACAUUGUCUCCCAUCUUGUUCACGCAGGUGUGUUUGCUCUCUCCUUUCAUAUUAUGUCUUCUUUCUUACUCCAAUGCCAAAUUGAUGGAACCCCUGGCAGUCUGGCAAAUAAACUGUUUUCCUCACUUUUUAAAGCAGGGGAUGUAUUUGUUCUGCUAUUAAAGGGCAGAAAAUUAAAACAUAAAUAAAUUACUAUAACUUUUAUUGGGGUUUUAUUGGAGUUUUCAGUUAUUGAUUCUUGGUGCUACACAAUAAAUGUAGGCAUCUUUUCCAGUAUUUUUCAAAAUAUAUAUAUAUAUUUUAAGUUUAUUAUCUUUAAGCACGAGGGGGAUUAUAAUUUGCUUGUAUGAUGUAGCCUUUAAAAAAAUAUUAUGCUUUUUUGCACUUUAAAAUGUUGUAAAAGUGAGAAUGAAAGUAGCUUAAUUUCACAAAGGUGUCGUAUUCUGUGCUGUUUCUGACAAUGUUUCUCUUUGCCUUUUAUAAGGUUUAUUUUUCAAACGCCAGUCUUUUUUCCCCUUUUUUGCUUUUAAUGCAUGCAUUGGUUUUUUUUUCUAUUUUUAAUCCCAUUGUGGCAAACAGGCCAUAUGGUUCAAGGAAUGUACUGAUUUAUAUUGCUAUUCAACCUGGUUAUUUUAUUAAAAAAGACUAUGAUACCAAAAAGUGUGUAUGACAGAGGAAAAAGAUCUGCCCAGUUAAAACUAUAUAAUCAGCUAUAUAAAUAAAGAUAAAUUAAAAUUC